CAUUGACUACUUGACAAGCUGAGGAAGGAGGAGGAGGAUACUGCUGUAAGUCCCUCCAGGCUGCCACCCAACGGUGUUUAGUCAUUAGAGUCUCUAAGAACACUUCUGCUGUCUGCCUGGACAAACAGAGCUCUGAUCUCUCCCAGCGUCACAUCCAGAGCCGUUUCCAAAGGUUUACUAUUGGACUGUGUGUGUGUGUGUGUGUGUGUGUGUGUGUGUGUGUGUGUGUGUGUGUGUGUGUGUUGUGUGUGUGUGUGUGUGUGUGUGUUUUGUUGAGUUUGUGUGUACCACAAAGAUCCUCCUACUGUACAUGUCUAUAUGUAAGCUGAGCUACCCCAGCUGUGGAGCUUCUGUGUGAGAGUAUGGCUGCUUUUGGCCAACCUUCUUAGAAAGCAGCGGAGAGAGAGAGAGAGAGAGAGAGAGAGAGAGGGCGAUUUGGAGUGCUUGUAUGUGUGUGAGUGUGUGGAGAGGUUUCUGAGAUGAGUGGAAGAUGCUGGCAAUUCUGGUCGCCUCUAAGAUGAAGUCAGGACUACCCAAACCGGUGCACAGCGCCCUGCCCAUCCCUCAGGCACAGAACCUUGCCAGGUCCAGGACCUCCAGCCCUCACAGGGCCAGACCUCCAGCCCUCAGACACAGCCCCCUGAAAGCCCUUCACCGGCAGGGAGAGGGCCAGGGAAAGGGAGAGACGACCCCCACCCCCAACAGAAGCCUCUCCACCGCAGUGAGUGAAGACCGAGAGGAUCCUCAGAUUUACACAGACUGGGCCAACCAUUACCUGGUGAAGUCGGGCCGUCAGCGACUGAUCAAGGACUUGCAGCAGGAUGUUACAGAUGGAGUGCUAUUGGCUGAGAUCAUACAGGUUGUUGCGAAUGAGAAGAUAGAAGACAUCAAUGGCUACCCAAAGAGCCAGACUCAGAUGAUUGAGAACAUCAAUACCUGCCUAGGAUUCCUGGCAGCUAAAGGGGUGAACAUCCAGGGACUCAGUGCAGAAGAGAUCCUUCAUGGGAACCUGAAGACCAUCCUGGGCCUGUUCUUCAGCUUGUCCCGCUACAAGCAGCAGCAGCAGAAGGUCUUGAAGCAGCAGGCCUCUCAUCACCCAGAGCACAGCAACCAGCCUGGACAUACUCCCCAUGGGUCACCAGCCCCCGCUCAGACCCACACCCAUCAUACCCACAGCUCCACCGCACCAGCACACAAAGCAGCAUCAGAUAUGCUGUCUAGUCUGUCAUCCAAGGCUUCUUCCACUCAGAGUAAAGGGCUAAAGCUCUCUGUGGCUCAGAGAAAAUACUCUAGACUGCCAGCUCCCACCAUGCGGGUCUCAGCUCCAGGCAGCGAGGGGAAGCCCCGCGCGGCCUCCAACGGCAACCGUCGCAGCCAGAGCUUCAACCACUACGACAAGCCCAAGCCCUCCAGCAGCGACAGAGAGAGAAGCUCCAUGGCAUCUUCCAUCAUGACUGAGCAUGGUCUGUCUCCAGGGCCCAUCAAUGGUUGCUCUUCUUCCUCCAUCCCCCAGCCCGAUGCAGGCAACAGCAGCAAGCCCUGGAGGAGUAAGUCCCUGAACGUCAAGCACAGCGCCACCUCCUCCAUGCUGUCCGUCAAGCAGGACCCUCCCACCAGGCAGCCCGUGGCCCCACCCCUAGAGGUCCCCCCUAAAGUCAUUGCCCAGAAGUCCAUGCUGGAGAAACUCAAGCUUUUCAACACCAAAGGAACCUCCAAGGCAGCUGGAGUCCUGACUGACAGUCUGACGGGGAAGGAGACGGAAGCGAUGGAGGUGCGCCCCACCGGUGUGGAUCCCCUGGAAGAGGCGAAUGGGAACUCCCGGCCCCCCAGCUCCAUGGCGACCAGCCCCAAACUGGCCCUGAAGGGCAUUGCCCAGCGCACUUUCAGCCGGGCCCUCACCCCCAGGAAGAGCUCGCUGAAAACUGGGGAGGAGAAAGACAAGGCCAGGCUCAAGGAGAGAGACAAGGCCCAGGAGGAAGGCUCCAAGUUGGGGUCGGUCACAGAGCAGGAGGUACGCAGGGACAACACCAGGCAGGAGGUAGAAGGUUCAGACGCAGCGGAGCCCAAGAGGAAUGCCAAGAUCACUAGCUUCAUCCCAAAAGGAGGCAAGGCUGGUAGUGGCACAAAGGAGAGCUCAGCCUCAGCAGCACACAGUGGAAUACCAAAGCCAGGUUCCAAGGCUGGGAAGACCUCUUCUGGUCGAGAUGGAGAGAGGCCCCGCACUUUGAGGGCCGGUGGGGGUGGUGGUCUCUCGGUGCACAAGGGCCAGCUGGACAGCAGAAGCUCCUGCUCCAGCCUGGCCGCCUCUGAAGGGAGGUCUCACUAUCACCACACCAACGGAGUGCCCCCAGUCGCUACCACAGCCAGCAACACCAUCAGUGUUCAGCUACCUCAUCCUCAGCAGCAAUACAACCACCCCAACACUGCUACUGUUGCACCAUUCAUGUACAGGUCUCAGCCAGAUGUGACCGGAGCAGACAUGAUGGAGGCAGCAGGGUCACUGGAGUGUCACAGGGAGACUGCAGCCUACAGCAAAUCAGCACACAACUCCCUGUCGGACCUCACAGGUGAAGACCCUGAGGCCAGGCGCUUGCGGACGGUCAAGAACAUUGCCGAUCUGAGGCAGAACCUGGAAGAGACCAUGUCCAGCCUGAGGGGAACACAGAUCAGCCACAGUACCCUGGAGACUACCUUUGACAGCAACGUCACCACAGAGGUCAGCGGGAGAGGCAUGCUCAACCUGUCCCCCCGCCCCAACCCAGCGCUGCCCUGGCGACUGGGCCCCUCCAGCCCCCGUCUGCAAGCGGGCGACGCCCCCUCAGUGGGGAAUGGGUAUGAGGUGGCAACACGGGACUGUGCCAGUCGCAUGGUGAGCCCCGAGAGCGGGCGCUACCUCCGCGGCGGGCAGACACCAGGCCAGGAGAGGAACAGUGUGUGUGACCUGGACCCGCCAGAUAAGAUGGAGGAGCUGGAGGGCAUCGCCAUGGAGACCAUGGGGUACAUGAGCGACGGUGACGUGCUGGGGAAGAAUCUCCGCAUGGACAAAGUCUCCAGUGGCUACAUGACGGACGGCGGGCUGAGCCGGUACACGCACUGCCUCAACCGCCUGCCAGAUGGCAUGGCCGCCGUCCGAGAGACGCUCCAUCGCAACACAUUCAAGGGCCAAGGGGACUCCACUGACAGUUGGGACGACAGCAGCUCAGUGAGCAGUGGGAUCAGUGACACCUUCGACACAGAUGACAUCAACACCAGCUCCUCAGUCAGCUCCUAUGUCAACACUCCGUCCGUCUCCUGCAAGGACCUAGAGGGCCAGCUCCAGACGGACGCGGAGAAGCACUCAGCCGUCGAGCAGAACUCUGUGUGGUCCGGCAGCGACGAGGUCAAGAGGUCAGACGGGGGCUCGGACAGCGGGUUCAAAAUGGAAUCGGGCUCCAAGUGGUGCCGCCGCCCCUCAGACAUGUCGGACGAGUCGGGCAGGAGCUCCUCGGACCGCAAAACGCCUUCCAUGGCCCACACGGGCUCCUGGAGGCGAGGCCUGAGUGCCCAGGUGGGCGUGACCUCGCCCAGGACCAAGGCGCCUGUCACGCCAGUCUGCGGCACGCUGAAGACCCAUGGGACAGGUAAAACGGACGACACCAAGGUGUCUGAGAAGGGCCAGCAUCAUCUCUCGCCCCGGGCCAACAGCAGUAUGCAGCGCUCCCCAUCAGACACGGGCCGCAGCAGUGGAGACGAAGCCAAGAAGACCCCCUCCACCUCCAGCUCCAGCCGCACCCCCACCACCAACACGUUUGGCUUCAAGAAGCACGCAGGAGGAGGUAUGACCAUGGUGACAGCCAGCGGAGUCACCAUCACCGGUGGCUCUGCCACCCUGGGGAAGAUCCCCAAAUCAGUGCAGCUCCACGGGGGUCGGGGUCUUGGUCGCCAGGCCAGUGUGGAUGAUGGCUACCUGCCUGUGAGCUCCCACUCCACCCUGCAGUACCGCAGCCUGCCCCGGCCCAGCAGAGCCUCUGGCGGGGUUCGCAGCGCCAACCGCUCCUCCAGCACCAGCAUCGAGUCCAACCUCAGCUCCAGGUCCAACACGCACCACGGCCCCAAAAGCCGCAGCCAAGUCCCCAAGCCUAGCGCCGGUGGCAUCCCUCUGCCUGGCUCUGGAUCUAACCAGACAGACAAGGAGAAGGGGGUGUCCUCUGAAGCCAAUCCCAUGGCCCAGGGCUCAGCAACUCUACCCCCUCAGGGUGCCAGGCAGCCAGGGGGAAAGUACCCAGACAUCUCCUCCCCUACUCUGCGCAGACUGUUCGGAGGCAAGCAGGCUAAGCAGCAGGCCCCAGUCACCACCGCAGAGAACAUGAAGAACUCCACCGUCAUCUCCAACCCCCACGCCAACUCUGGCCAGCAGGGCGGCGCUCUGGACUCCCCCUCGGCCAGUAGCGGGGGCAGUAGCCCUCUGUAUGGGGGUGGAGGUCGUCUGGGUGUUGAGGCCCAUUCCCUCUCCCCCCUGGCUUCCAGCCCAGGCUCGGCCCUGUCCACCCCUUCCCACAGCCUGGCCUGGAGUAGCACCAUGAGCAGGGAUACCCUGAGCCCCGGCUACCCCUCCCUCAGCAGCCUUGCCACCAGCAGCGAGUCCAUCGACGUGUCCCUGGGCAGCGGUGGCCACGGACACCACGGCCAUGGUCACGACACACUGCCAGCCUGCGUCAGGAACAACGGCCUCAAAGCGGGAAUCUCAGAAAGUCUUAGCCCCCUCUCCUCUCCCUCAGCUAGUCCCAAAUUCAGCAGAAACACUUUACCCCGGAAACAGGACAGGUAUGGCCACCUGCCCCAGCUGCGUAGUCAUGACGACCCCCGGGACUGGCUGCGUUCCCACUCUGCAGGAGGUCUUCAGGAGUCUGCCGGCAGCUCCCCAUUCUCCCCCGCUUCCAGCCUCACCUCGCCCUCCGGAGCCCGCUUCAACUUCUCCCAGCUUGCAGGCAGCCCUACCACAGCUGCACAGAUCAACCUGGCCAACCUCCGAAGCGGCCUGGCCAAUCAGGAAGGGCCGUAUGACCCGUACAGUGAACGCCUGAGGAACUCGUCCAUGUCUCUGGAGGAGAAGAGUCGCACCAUGAGCAGCUCUGGGUCCUUCAGGGAUGGACUAGAGGAGGUCCACGGCUCCUCUCUGUCUCUAGUGUCCAGCACUUCCUCUGCCCACUCCAUGCCGGAGGAGAAAUCUCAGUCGGAGAUUCGUAAGCUGCGGAGAGAAUUGGACGCUUCCCAGGAGAAGGUGUCUGGUUUGACCACUCAGCUGAGUGCUAAUGCUCACCUGGUAGCAGCGUUUGAGCAGAGCUUGGGGAACAUGACCAUCCGACUGCAGGGACUUACCACCACGGCUGAGCAGAAGGAUUCUGAGCUGAACGACCUGAGGAAAACCGUAGAGCACAUGAAGAAGCAGAACACAGCAGCCCAGGCAGCCAUCGACGGUGUCAUCAACCUGCCAGAGCUCACAUGCAAAGGUGAUAGGCCAGCCUCAGCCAAUGGAAGCCCCCAGUCUCAGCAGGAUCUGUGUAUCCGCAGACAGCACUCGUCUGACAGUGUGUCUAGCAUCACCAGCGCCACAAGCCACUCCAGCGUGGGCAGCAACUUGGAGUUGGAUGCCAAGAACAAAAAGACGAAGAAGAACUGGCUGCGGAGCUCCUUCAAGCAGGCAUUUGGGAAGAAGAAGUCGUCCAAGUCUGCGUCCUCCCACUCCGACGUAGAAGAGAUGGCCGACUGUUCCCUGCCCUCCUCCCCCAAGCUAACUGUAUACAACGGCUCCACCGCCUCAACACCCAUGAUCCGGAAGUCCCACUCCAACUCUCUUCCCUUUCUCUCUCCCCUGCCUGUUAGUGGGCGUGGCUGGGGCGGUAUCACUGGGGUGUUGAGGACUGGUUCUCUCGCUCGGAUCUCAGAGUGCACAGACAGCGAGGCGGAGACGGUGAUGGCGCUCCGCAGCGAGCUCCGAGACAAGGAGAUGAAGCUGACUGACAUACGCCUGGAGGCUCUCAGCUCCGCCCACCAGCUGGACCAGCUCAGGGAAUCCAUGAACCGCAUGCAGGGCGAGAUAGAGAAGCUGAAGACCGAGAACGAUUGUCUGAAGAUGGAGAGUCAGGGCAGCUGCAGCAGAGCAGCCUCACAGGCCUCAGUGGCCACACCCUCAGCGGGCCAGCCACAGCAUAGCCUCGCUCUAACAGAGUCCACCAGCCUCGACAUGUUGUUGGAGGACAACGGGGACGGUAGCUCACGGAAAGAAGGACGACACGUCAAGGUGGUCGUAACUCUAGAUGAGGAUGCCAAGUGGAAAGAGGAGCGUAGACCUCGCCAGUUCCUGAUUGGUUGCAUUGGUGUCAGUGGGAAAACCAAAUGGGAUGUGCUAGAUGGGGUGGUCAGACGUCUCUUUAAGGAGUACAUUAUCCACGUGGACCCAGUGAGCCAGCUGGGUCUAAACUCAGACAGUGUCCUGGGCUAUAGCAUCGGGGACAUCCAUCGCACACGUGGGACUGACACCCCUGAACUUCUGCCCUGUGGAUACCUCGUUGGAGACAGUGACACCAUCUCUGUCUCCCUCAAAGGUGUGUGUGAGCACAGCCAAGACGACUUGGUGUUUGAGACGCUGAUCCCCAAACCCCUGCUGCAGCGCUACGUGUCCCAGCUCCAUGAGCACCGUCGGAUCAUCCUGUCUGGCCCCAGUGGCACCGGGAAGAGUUUCCUGGCCAGCCGAUUGGCCGAACACAUAGUGCUGAGGGAAGGGAGAGAGGUCACCGACGGGACCAUUGCCACGUUCAACGUAGACCACAAGUCCAGCAAGGAGCUGCGUCAGUACCUGUCUAACCUGGCUGACCAUUGCAACAGUACGAGUCAUGGGGUAGACAUGCCCCUGGUGGUAGUACUGGACAACCUGCACAACGUCAGCUCUCUAGGAGAGGUCUUCAAUGGCCUGCUCAGCUGCAAGCACCAUCGAUGUCCUUAUAUCAUUGGAACAAUGAACCAGGCUACAUCAUCCACUCCCAACCUGCAGCUACAUCAUAACUUCAGGUGGGUGCUGUGUGCCAACCACACUGAGCCAGUGAAGGGCUUCCUGGGUCGGUUCCUGAGGAGGAGGCUGAUGGAGACGGAGAUCAGCAGCCGGCAGCGCAACGCUGAGCUGGUGAGGAUCAUCGAGUGGAUCCCUACUGUCUGGCAUCACCUCAACCGCUUCCUAGAGUCCCACAGCUCCUCGGAUGUCACCAUUGGGCCCCGCCUCUUCCUGUCUUGUCCCAUGGAUGUGGAGGGAUCCAGAGUGUGGUUCACAGAUCUGUGGAACUAUUCCAUCAUUCCCUACAUGCUGGAGGCUGUCCGAGAGGGGCUGCAGAUGUAUGGGAGGAGAGCUCCUUGGGAGGAUCCAGCACGGUGGGUGAUGGAGAGCUACCCCUGGGCAGCCAGCCCCCUGCAGCACGAAUGGCCUCAGCUGCUGCAGCUCCGGCCAGAGGACGUGGGCUUCGAUGGAUACUCCAUCUCCAAAGAUGGCUGUCCCAGAAAACAGCUUCCCCAGGGAUGCACAGACAGAGACCCCCUGAUGAACAUGCUGAUGAGGUUGAAGGAGGCAGCUCACUGCUCCGGCAGCACUCAGAGUUACGACAGCGACUCCAACAGCAACCAGGAUCCCCAUGAAGACAACAUGCUGAACUCACCACGGGAGUACACACUAUGAGUCUCCCUCUGUCAGCUAGUACUCACUCUGGGACACAUCCUAAAUGAACAUACCUUUUGCGUUAAUCAUCCAUUGAUAUGAGGUUCAAUGUUCGGUCAUGUAUUUCAAGUUAGAAUUUGACCUCUGCGAUUUCAUGUCUUUAGGCAGUCAGAGCAUCUUAUAUACCAGUUGGAACUCACUAUUUACACUGUGUACUGAUACAUAAGAGAAUAAAUAGAUGUACUGGGUGCAGGUAACCCGAGAUGGAAAUCCCAGUCGAAGUUCAAUAGCCUGAAUAAUUUCACCUCAGUAUUUCUACUGUGUUCAGCAUUUAUUAGGAGUCUGUUUACAGUCACAGACAAAGACACAGCCAUAUAGAAUGAAUGACGUAGUUUAUGAGAGAUCAAACCAGUUGCCUUGACUGUGACCUAAUCUAGGCUAUAGCUAUGUGGUCCAAACUGAGUAGCAAAAACUGUACAUACGGUCACUCAGCUUCACAGAGCUUGACCUGUGUGCAUUUUCUUAGUGAAGAGACAUCUUUUUGGUGCUUAACUUUCAAAUGAUGCCUUGCUGCCUUUAUUAACAACGGAGGUCACAUGCAUUGACAAUGCCUUUGAUAUACUUGAUUUCUAUAGAGGCGGUGCAAAGUUUAGGGGCUGCUAACUUGCUCGUACUUUGAUGAAAAUGACUCCACAUCGUUUAUGUGCAGCUAGCUGGUAGCGAGAAGGUCUAGGCUUUUGUUUUGGAUAUCUUGAAAUCAGUGAUACUUUUCGGAUUGUUGGUGCUCUCCUGAGGAAGAUGAGAACUUUACACCUCGUGAGCGUUUCAAACAGUAUCCCAAAAGCACUUGUUUGUCUUUUGUUCAGCUCUAGACAGAGCUCCAUCCCUGCAUGAAAUGUUCCAACACGGUGUUUCCCUGUAUAGAGACGUAUUGGACAUGUAGACCCACAUCUGAAAGGUCUCUGGCUAGAAAAGGAUCAGAGCGACUGCAUGGCUUUGAGACGGAGGCUGGCGUGUCUAGUCGCUCACUCUGAAGAAUUAGCACCGGUUCUAUUUGCGUCCAGUGUUAAUGGAAUCCUCGGAGUUGCUGUAUUGGAGUAACUAGGCUUUAUUCCCUCAUAAAAUGGAGUAUUCUCAGAGCAGCUUACUCUACUACGAGGUACCACUUUGGUUGCUCCCCCUCACAAUGUCCCCAUUAUCUGUCAGUGGUGUUGCUAUUCAUCCCAUGAGUGUUCUUAGUAACAAAUUAUUUUCAACAUUAAUUUGGAACUUUCGACUGAAACCAAAACAGUUUACUUGUAUUUUUAAGUAUUGUCAAGAUUUGUAUUGCAGGUACAUUGAUCUGUGAAUAUUUUGCUGCAAGGUUGGAAUUUUCACUAGCAUAUCUUGCUGGACUGUUUCUUGGUUUCUUGGUCCCACACAGUUAGGAUGUUGGAAUGAUGUGAAAGGUAUGCUAUUGAAUCUAGUGGUUGAUAAUUGAUGAGUUGUUUGAAUUUUGUUUAUGCACAUUUUUAUUUUGUAAUGUGAAGAUGUAUAUAUUUGAUCAUGAAUCCCACGUUUUCAAGACAUUUUCUGUACAUCUUUUACUAAACUACGGAGUCAUGUGUGUAGGCCUACAGUUAGGUUUCCUCCAAAGGUUGUUCCUUUUUCUAUAAGAGUGAACAACUAUGAGACUGUGAGAAUAAAUCUGGUCACAACACGGUA